AUGUCCUGUGUCAAGGUCACGCAAAUGCGGUCUAAUAAUCCCCAUCUUCACCUCCACCAUACCCAUUCUCAGCUCCCAAUGCAAGCCUGGCCGUCGCCAGUCUCCGCUGGCCACUCAGCUCACCGUGCACUGCAUUCCCCGUCAUCACGGAAUACGCGUCCUUCAGAAAUAAUCCCCCAUCUCUUCAUAUCAGACCUCUCAACAGCAGAGAGCAAAACCGCUCUCGCCACCAUGGGCAUAACCCACGUCGUAUCUGCCAUGCGCGGCUUCGUCGCCGUCCCCGCCGAGCUCCCCACCCACCGUAUACAAGUCCCCCUCGAUGACUUCCCCUUCGCCGAGCUCGUUGCCCAUCUGCCAGCCACAACAUCAUUCAUACGCGACGCACUAGGCAACCCCAAUGCCCGAGUGUUGGUCCACUGCGCGGAGGGAAUAAGCCGGAGUGUGAGCGUAGUCGCUGCGUUCCUAAUCGCGCAAUAUGGGUGGUCCCCAUCACAAGCCAUUCAAUACAUCAAGGCGAAACGGCGUGUUGCCGACCCCAAUCCGGGGUUCGUUGGCCAGCUACACGAAUAUGCCGAGCUGUUAAGACGCACGCCGUCAUAG